CAGCAUCGGCCACCAAGGUCUGUGCGCAGGCGCUCUCGUACUUUCAAAACCGCAAUAAGCAAAUAUGGCGGCGGCCGUCGACAGUGUAGUGAAAGUCCUGGGAGAGCAGUAUUACAGAGAUGCCAUGGAGCAGUGUCACAGCUACAACGCUCGCCUCUGUGCCGAGCGCAGCAUCCUCAUGCCUUUCCUGGACUCUCAGACUGGCGUAGCCCAGUCCAACUGUUACAUCUGGAUGGAAAAGAGACACAGGAGUGCAGGCCUUGCUCCAGGUCAGCUGUACUCUUAUCCAGCCCGUCGCUGGAGGAAGAAGCGGCGUUCCCACCCCCCUGAAGACCCGCGCUUGGUCUUUCCCCCUCUCAAAGCAGCAGCUGAUUUGGAGCUGGGGCUGAAGCGGGACGCCUUGGGAGCUGUGGAUGGAAGCAGCUUGGAGGCCUUACUGAAGGGAGAGCCACUCGAGAGGAGGAGCGGGGUGUCGGACAUUCGGGGCCCCGAGGACGACACGGCGACCGUGGAGCCCGCCGCUGCAUCAACAGUUACUCACACCUCCUCUGGGCGCAUCCGAAAGAGAGUUCUUGACCCUGAAGACUACUUGGAUGAUCUGGACGAUGAAGACUUUGAGGACGAGACCCCUAAGAGACGAGGCAAAAGCAAGUCCAAGAGUCGAAGUGACAAGAACGGCAAGAAGAAAACGGAGGCUGCAGCGGCGGCGCUGGAGGAGAGGGACAAACCCUACGCCUGCGACAUCUGUGGAAAGCGCUACAAGAACCGUCCUGGCCUGAGCUACCACUAUACACACUCUCACCUGGCAGAGGAGGAGGGCGAGGACCACGAGGAGAUCGAGGCACCACCCACUCCUCGCCAGCCUGAGGAGCAGAAGACAAACAAGAAGGGGCCCAACGGUCUGGCCCUGCCCAACGAUUACUGCGACUUCUGUCUGGGAGACUCCACCCUCAACCAAAAGACCGGCCAAUCGGAAGAGCUGGUGUCGUGCUCGGACUGCGGCCGAUCAGGUCACCCAACAUGUCUGCAGUUCACACCAGUCAUGAUGGCUGCAGUGAAGACCUACCGCUGGCAGUGCAUCGAGUGCAAAUGCUGCAACGUUUGUGGAACCUCAGAGAACGAUGACCAGCUGCUGUUCUGCGACGACUGUGACCGAGGCUACCACAUGUACUGUUUAACUCCGCCCAUGACCGAACCACCGGAGGGGAGCUGGAGCUGUCACCUGUGCCUGGCUCUCCUCAAGGACAAAGCCUCCAUAUACCAGCAGAACCAGAACUCUGUCUCAGAGUGACUCCUUGAAUAGAAGCUCCAUCCCGCAGCAGCAGGUCCACUACCACCGAUCAAAAGUGUCAACCUUCUCAGAGAUCACGGAGCUCCAGGAUCCAUCUAGGCAUAGCGGAGCUAAAUGACAGACAUGUUUCACGAGGUUUUCUUAUCACAGUUCUCGCUGGGACUUGGAACCAAACGAGAUCUCCGAUCAGAACCCUCUUGUUUAAAAUCAAUAACCGGCCUGGUCUAUCCAACAUGAAACAUAUCAUGUGUAAACACAGUAAAUGCCUGGACUGUUAGAGCGGCUGCAGUGACCGUCCAGCGCUUUUAUGGGAGCUCCCAAACCAGAGUAGAUGGUCGCCGCAGGUCAUUUUAUCAACGCCAAUUCACACUGACACGCUGUGGACUGUUGAGACCAUGGUUUUUUCCUGCCAAAAGAUCUAUUUUUACUCACCAGAAGCAACAAGAGACGCGUUCACGUGUAUGGUCAAAAAGUAUUACUGUUAUGUUUUCUGGGUAAUAGUGCGCUUUUGUUGUGACAUUUCUGUGUAUUGUUGUCUGAUCCUUUAUAGAACUGACUGUAUGUUUUGUAGUGAUGAAGCCUGAGAGCAUUUAGGACACAUCAAAGCUGUUCACCCCUCAAAUAUGGGCGGUGAUCCUCAAAAGCAUCGCUGAUCUUUUUUUUUUUUUCAUUUUUAGGCACAAAGGUGACAAAAGUAACACAAAAGCUUACUGUAUUGCUUCAUCGCACAUGUUUUUAAAUAUUUCAAUCAUUUUACCGCUUUUCUAAGUCACUUCAAAUUUCUUGGCUAUAAACUUUUCUUUUCUUUUACAUUUUAAUGGUAUUGUCCUAUUUUAAAAGCCCAUAUUUCCUUGGGAUUCCAAGUGCAGCUCUUUUCUCUUAACUCUAAUCCCACUACAUGAAUCCUGUCAUGAGCUUUUAAAUUCAUGUUUGAGCAGCGUCACGGUUUCAUGUGAAACUCCACACGUUUACAGCUGUUGCUGCUUUGAUCGUCUGUCACUCAGAGGCUGAUUUGCAUGCAGGUUGCACCUGGAUGAAUGCACACAAACUCACAAGUGUUUCUUCUGGUUUUCCUUUAUUUGAUGUAUUUUUAACAUUUUGUAUUACUCAAUGUUUCAUUGUAUUGGGAGUUUUUUCUAGUAGUUUUGUAAAGUCUGUUAUAUAGCAAAUACUUCCGUCUCCAGCUCCUGAUGCAUUCUCUGUACUGUAUCCACCUUUUCUAUUUUUGUUAUAACUGUAACAUGUUCUUUUUUUGGGGUUUUAUUUUUUUUUGGUUAAAUUACUCUUUGUUGUACUAAUUUUUAUUUUGUCAUUGUUUUGUUAUGAAUGCCAGUUUAGCCUGACUGAAAUAAAAUCACUUGUCUGUUUUGAGUCA